CUCUAUUCAAACAGCGCACAGAUGAAACAGUCGUUAAAAUUGUGAUAAUGCUGUGCUUUGAUUGUAAAUUUGUGAUAACGUGUUGAAAUAAACAAAUCUGUGCAGUCAACGGGAGGCUCGCUCGCUGUACAGUUUACGAUGCGUUCGCUGGUGCAUUUUAUAUUUUGUUUAGCAUUAAUGCCCCUCGCCUGGGCCCAGGAAGAUGUUCAUCUGCCCGACUAUUUGGUGUUUACGAAACAGUUUGCGGUGCACGUGCAGGUUCGCGAACCUUCCGGCAUCAUGGUCUGGACCCGGGACAGUCCGCUGAUCGAUACGUUCGGGCUGGAGCUGUACGUUGGCCGGGGUAAUCACAGCAGCCGGGGACCGAUCUGGGACAGGCAGCUGCUCGUCAACACGUCCGUCCUGGUGGAUGGGAAAUUUUUCAUCCACGACGACGGCAUGGUGGUGGAAGUGGGUGACACGAUUCGCUAUCGCUUCAUGGUUACGCACAAGAAAACGCUGUUUCACAGCAAUUUCCGUCGGAUUCUCGUAACAGAUCAUCUAUUCUAUCGCCCGAAGAACAACUAUUGCUUCUCGCAGUGCCUGGUAGGCGAUCAACAAGUCGCUCACGAAGAGAUUGCCCACCUGAAGCUGCUCCUGGAGCAGAAGAUACUGCAGUGCCUCGGUACGCAAGCGUCCGAGCAUCUAUUCUUCCCGCUGGAAAAUGCUUCGAAGCUAGUGGCUGACGCCGAGCUGUAUGUAAAGUCGCGCCUUUUUCAAGUGGAGGCACUGCGACCGCUGGUCAACAGUGUUGUCACGACCUACCUUGCCCACAACGGUGUCGGAUUUCGUAUGUAUACACUGCUCGAUAAGUUAAAGGUGCUCGAGCUGGGCCAAGGCUACCUGGAUGUAAUCGAUUUCGACAGCUUCCUGGAGGAGUCGAACUAG